AUGCAUCAACCUUCACCUUCUCCUUCUCCACUGGAGGAAAGGAAAGGAGAUCCUAGAAUUUAUUUUCUUUCUGCCUUCUUCUUUUCUUGUAUUGUCUCUGGUGGAGUUUUUCUUGGUCUUUACAUUUUCCUUCCACCAGAUGAAACCCAACCCUGGUAUCCCAUUUCAGGGUUUAUUCUUGUGGCCAUUCCAUGGAUAUUUUGGUUCUUGACCUAUAUAUACAGAUGUAUCAGACCAAUACAUACCCAUUCUGAACCCUGCAAAUCCUUCCCAAGAUCCACAUCUACAGUUGCAGCAACAAACCCUUCAUCUAAUAAAUCUCAUUUAAAUUUCCUGAUGCCUUCCCCUAAUGACGUUGAACAUUCUGUUAAUGAGCAUUCUAAUGGCGUUGGACGCCAUGUACGUUUUGGACGUGUUAUUGUAAUUAGUGAAUAUGAUGAUUAUAAUCAUGAGAAUAAUAGCAAUAAUGAUGACCAUGAUAUACAUGAUGGUUCAGAAGCCGAGCACACAAGUAGCACCUCACCAUCUCAGGAAGAAGAGAAGAUGGUUGAUUCUAGGGAAAGUGAAAUACUAUUAACUUGCUCUGCUGGCUUAUCUUGA